AUGGCGGAUCCUGGGGAAACGAGACUUGCUAAGCGGCAGAAGCUCCUUGCUUGCCAGCGCUGCCGCCACCGCAAGCAAAAGUGUACCGAGGAGCGGCCUUGUGAGAAUUGUAUCCAGUCAGGCGCAGAAUGCCUCCAGACUCAGUCAGCAUCCUCGAAACUAGCAUUGGAGCCAGACUACGUCCAACGCUUGGAGGAACGUGUUGCACAAUUAGAAUCCCUUGUCCCGCAGGAAAGUCUCGAUCAUAUUCACACCAGACCCCCGGAUGAACCGGCUACAUCGAGAAUAAGGACGACACCGAACGACAACAGCCCCGGACGACAUCUGCAGGGCCCUGGCUCCGCCCAUAGCCGCGAUGACGACCAUCGGACUAGGUCCAGCCGGCUAGAGUGGCCUAGCAAUCAAGAAUUCUCCUUGAUCAAUUCUAACCUAAUGCCUACAGCCCAGAGCACUCCAGAUAGCCUCGGUUCCCACUUAUUCGAGGCCAUCACAGGAAUUCCAACCCAACACGCGCGACGAGAAGAGCCAACGCCCGAAGCAUUGGAUCUAGACUCAGACCUAGAGCGCUUUCUCAUCCAGACAUACUUCGAGAUGGCGCAUUCGCAGUAUCCCUUGCUCCUCAGACACGAAUUUCUAGGUUGGGCCGACUCAUGGAGGCGCGGUAAAAGAGCCUGCCCGCCAGAAGAGCAGUGGAAGGGUUUCAUGGUCUACUCGAUCGCAUUUCUCAUGGCCAAGCGACGCAUUAAUGGCCCUAUGAGGUCCGAGCUCCUGUAUAACCUAGCAAUCUCUCGAUACUUUCCCUCCCUGAUCGCGGCCCCCGAUCCCCUCAUCCGCGCCCAAGGAUUCCUCCUCCUCACUGUGUACGCUCUUCACAUGCCCUCCAAGGAGAGCAUAAUCACCCUGUCGUCAUGGACCAUGAGGUUUUGCGUCAUGGCACAACUACAUCUUGCUGAUCCUGAACCUGGACCAGAGCCCUCACCGGUCACCGGCGAGGCCUUUAUUCGGAAUCAGCACCGCAGGAGAGUAUUCUGGUGUGCCUAUGGCAUCGAUCGUGCCAUUUGCAGCACAUAUGAUCUUCCAAGUUGCAUCUCAGAUAGCUACAUCACUGUCCCCAUAUUCGACAACAUCGAUGACAACACGCUCCUUGACAUAAGUACAUCCACAGAGUCACAAAGCAUCGAGCCUGUGACGUCGCCAACCAAUGUCUCACCGGCCCUUCAUGUACUUGUCGGCCGCCAAAUUGAGUCGGAGAUCCAGGACAUGAUGCUGCACAAGGACUACAGCGAACACUCGGACGCCGCAAGCGCUUGGCGCGUACAAAUCAGCGAGAGGCUCAAGGAAUGGGACCGGGAUUCUGCCGCUCUGUCACACCCAUCGCAGACGGGCUACACGAGCUCGCGAUGGCUGAAGAUGAUCUACUACUACAACAUCGUCACGCUCUACCGGCCCACGCGAGGUAUGGCGCAAGGUGUCGCUGGCGACUUGUCGGUGCAAGCCUGCUGUCAUGCGCUCCUCUUGUUCCGGAGGUUCCAGAUGGCAAGGGAGAUUGCAAAGCCAUGGCUUGGGAUCGGAGUCACUCUGCUCUACUGCUUCUAUGCCACGCCGAUUGCUCUCUGGCGACCAUCGUACAAGUCCGCUGAUGUCCCCGAUGCCAUCCGUGCUUGCUCAAGCACGCUUGCCAUUAUGGCCGACCGGUGGACCGAGGCCGAGUGCCUGCGAGACGUCUUUGACAUUCUGGCGCGCGAGGUCCCUCUAGGAGAGACAUGGGAUCGGCCCCAGCUGAUGAGUGCCGCUGGGCGCAGGAACAUCCUUGAGGAGAACUGGCAGCAGAUGAGCGAGAUCGUGAUCCAUAGGUCGACUUUGAGGAUGAUUCGUGAGAUGGCGACCGAGUGCUUCGUGUCUGAGGUAGAGCUUGGUAACUACGAGCAGCUACACCCCGACGCUGGUCUGGAUGCAGAAGCUGCCGCAUUGCUCAUCGACGCAAUGGACCUUCAAUGGGUGAAUGCUGCACACCCACCGCCGCUGGAAAUGGGGCAGGGUUUCAGCUACUUUCAGCUGUAA